GCAGUUUGUGUUGUGGUGUGCUCUGAAUCAGCUGCGAUCACACAUGUGGGUCGAUCACACGUUACUUAUUUCCAUGAACAAACUCGUUAAGUGUACUUAAACUUGUGAUAUCUACCGUUGACAAUGGAUACAGGGACGAAAGUUACCAAAAAUCGAAAUCCUGCGGAAAAUGCGAAUCCCCUAUCCCUUCUAACCUUUGUAUAUAUGUUCCCAAUAUUUAGAAAGACAUUUAAAGAGUCCUUAACAGAAGAUGAUCUGUUUAGUCCACUCACAGAACACAAAUCUAGCAUCCUAGGCUCUAAAUUAGAAAGAAUAUGGAAAGAAGAAUACCGGAUACACAAGAAAACUGCUCUGCACAGAGCAUUAUUUAGAGUAUUUGGUCUGUGGUAUUCGAUUCUAGGAAUACUGAAACUUGUAGAUGAACUUUUAUUAUUAAUUGGUAUGCCAUUAUGUAUAGGAAAAUUAGUGUCAUUUUUCGAAACCGGCCCAACGUCCACAUCUCAAGACGAAGCCUUCAUCUAUGCUGGCAUCCUAGUAUUAUGUUUGAUAGUCAACACGUUCCUAGCCAACCCAACGUUCAUGGGCCUACAGCACAUCUCCAUGAAGUUGAGAGUCUCCUGCAGUUCGCUAGUGUACAGAAAAGUCCUGAAGUUCAGUAAAACGGCGCUGGGCAACACGACGGUAGGGCAGUUGGUGACCUUGUUAUCCAACGAUGUCUCGAAGUUCGAUCAGAUGUUCGUUUUGGCCCAUUACGCUUGGAUCGGACCCAUCCAGGUGGCCUUGGGAACAUGGCUACUCUAUAGGCAAAUCGGGAUCGGAUCGUUGUUUGGCGUAGGGUUUUUGGUCUCAUUUGUACCAUUACAAAUAUAUCUCGCUAAUAAAACAUCAGUUUUGAGACUACGCACUGCACUAAGGACAGAUGAGAGAGUUCGAUUAAUGAACGAAAUCAUCUCUGGUAUCCAAGUAAUCAAGAUGUAUUGCUGGGAAAAUUCAUUCGCAAAACUGAUAUCAUUUGCUAGAGGGAAAGAGAUGAAAGCAAUCAGAGCACAUUCCUUUCUGACAGGAAUAAUAUAUUCCUUCGAAAUAUUCAUAACUCGAACUUCUAUUUUUAUCAGUAUCUUGGCAUACGUUCUACUAGGAAAUUACAUAACCGCUGACAAAAUUUUCGCAAUAACUGCUAUCUACAAUUGCCUUCGCCCUGUUAUUACAAUUCUGUUCUCGCUGAGUGUAUCAUCUUUAGCUGAAAUUCACGUCACCAUACUACGAAUACAAAAGAUACUAGCAUUUGAGGAGAAAGAAAAAUCAGUUGAUCACUUCGACAAACUGAACGGAAACGACUCGAUACCUCUUAUUAUCAAAAACGGUACGAACAAAGACACAAAAGAAUUGCCCCAACGAAAUCCCAAAGCUAAAAUAUUACUGGAAAAGGUAUCUGCUAAAUGGGUUGAGGACGCAGCAGAAGAUACGCUGAGUAACAUCAGCGUAUGUGUCUCCUCAAACAAGAUAUUAGCUCUCAUUGGGCCUGUAGGUAGUGGUAAAAGCAGUGUGAUCAAUUUACUGCUCAAAGAAUUGCCGGUGAAGUCUGGCAAAAUGGAACUGGUAGGAAGAGUUUCCUACGCAUCUCAGGAGCCUUGGCUUUUUGCCGCUAGCGUAAGACAAAACAUCCUCUUCGGCGCAGAAUAUAAUGAAGAGCUGUAUCAGAAAGUCGUAGACGUGUGUGCUCUCAGAUCAGAUUUCGCCUUAUUCCCCUACGGAGAUAAAACCUUGGUUGGCGAGAAGGGAAAGGCCCUAAGUGGUGGGCAGAAAGCCAGAAUCAACUUGGCUAGGUGCAUAUAUAAAUCAGCCGACAUCUACCUUCUUGACGAUCCACUUUCGGCGGUCGACGCGAACGUUGGUAAACAUUUGUACGAGAGAUGCAUCAAAGACUUUUUAUCGAACAAGAUUUGUGUGUUAGCUACGCAUCAACUGCAAUAUCUCAAAAAUGUAGACAAUAUCAUCAUCAUGAAUGAUGGCGAAAUUGAGAUGGAAGGUACAUACGAAGAUCUGCAGAAGAGUGGACUGGAUUUCGCGAAGAUGAUGGAAGAUUUCCAUAGCGAGGAGGUGGUGGAAAAACAAAAAAAGAAAAUCCAAUCGAGACAGAAUACUGUUGUGGAAGAAUCCGAGAGUGAAGAUGACGAAGAUCAAAUUAUGGAGAAGGAAUUCCAAGGAUCUGGUAGCAUCAAAGCAGAGACUUAUUGGAACUAUUUUAGAGCAGGCGGAGGAAAAGUUUCAAUUACAGUUCUAAUAUUCCUAUUCAUUUUUUGUCAAGUUUUUGCUAAUGGUGGGGAAUAUUAUGUAUCAUAUUGGGUGAAUCAGGAGCAAGAAUUUACAAACAGAAUAACUAAUAAUCAAACAAAUGAGACCUUCGAAAGAAAUACUAUAAUUUAUUACUAUUCGGCUCUAACCAUUGGAACUAUAAUUAUUGGUUUGGUGAAAUCGAUUUAUUUCAUGAUGUUUUUCGCAGUGGCAUCUGGAAAUUUGCACGAUUUUAUAUUCUCACGGAUAAUAAGGGCUACUAUGAGAUUUUAUAAUACGAACCCUUCAGGAAGAAUCCUUAACAGAUUUUCGAAAGACUUAGGAACUAUUGACGAAUAUAUUCCAUCUAUUAUAAUAGAUGUAACUGAGAUAUUUCUUCUGCUCAUUGGUGUUAUUGUAUUGUCAUCCAUUGUUGAACCUUGGUUAAUUGUCCCAUCUGUUGUUCUAAUAGUUAUAUUCUACUUUGUCAGAGUUAUUUACAUCAAGACGAGUAGAUGCGUAAAACGAAUAGAAGCAAUAACUAAGAGUCCUAUGCUGAGCCAUCUGACUGCGACCGUCAACGGACUAAGCACAGUUCGAGCCUUCUCUGCAGAAGAAAUGUUGAUCAAAGAGUUCGAUGAAUAUCAGGAUGUUCACAGUGCUGCCUGGUUCUUGUAUAUGGCUUCGAGCAAAUGCUUCGGAUUUUGGCUCGAUAUCAUUUGUAUUGUAUUCAUCGCAGUUGCAGUUUUCCUUUUACUUGUUUUCAGUAAAGAAAUGCAAGGAGGAGAUUUGGGUCUUGUAGUGACCCAAUACAUCGGCUUAAUAGGAACACUGCAAUGGGGCAUGAGGCAAUGGACAGAACUGGAGAACAAUAUGACCUCCGUAGAAAGAAUUCUGGAGUACACUAAAUUAGAGAGUGAACCGGAGAGAAAACAAGAGAAGCCCCUUGCUGCUAAUUGGGGAGAAAAAGGUCAAAUCGAAUUCAGAGAUGUGAAGUUGAGGUACAGCGAUAGCGAGCCGUAUGUACUGAAAGAUAUGAAUUUCCUGGUCCAGCCACGAGAGAAAAUCGGUAUCGUCGGAAGAACCGGUGCCGGGAAAUCAUCUACCAUAACUGCACUUUUUCAAUUAUAUCCUUUGGAAGGCACUGUGAUCAUUGAUGGAGAAGAUACCACGAAGAUGCCUUUGGAUACAGUGAGGUCGAAGAUAUCGAUUAUUCCACAAGAGCCGGUGCUGUUUUCAGGUUCCAUGCGUAAAAACCUGGACCCCUUCGAUCAAUACGACGACGAGGUGCUGUGGAACGCCCUGGACCAGGUGGAGCUCAAAGAGGUCAUCGAGGACCUUCCUGCCGGCCUGAAUACGGCCGUCUCGGAGGGUGGCGCCAACUUCAGCGUGGGCCAGCGACAACUGGUGUGCCUGGCACGGGCGUUGAUAAGGAAUAACAAGAUCCUGGUGCUAGACGAGGCCACGGCCAACGUGGAUCCGCACACUGACGCUCUAGUGCAGACCACGAUCAGGGAGAAGUUUGCCGAUUGCUCGGUUCUGACGAUCGCUCAUCGAUUACACACGGUGAUGGAUUCUGACAAAAUUCUAGUGAUGGACGCUGGUACUGUAGAGGAAUUUGAUCAUCCUCACAAUUUGCUACAGAAAGAAAACGGAAUAUUACGAAGUUUAGUCGAGGUAACCGGAUCAAUAACAUCUAAACAUUUAGCCAGCAUCGCUGAAGAGAACUAUCUGAAGAAGAAAAACAUAUAAGGACUUCCUCUCAACACUAUUGAUUGAGGAACAUACCUCGAUAAUUUACCUCAUCCAUCAUUUUAAAUAAAGCCUUCAAUGUACAUUGAUAUUUAAAUCUACUUAGUUUGACUGUGAUGUUUCAGUAGUUUCUAGUAGGUAGUUGAUUAUACAACCAAUUUGUAUGGCGUUCUACACCUUUUACAGUAUUUUACUGCACAUAUAACUUGUAAUUGUCAAAUAAUUAUUAGGAGUAAUAUUAAGAAUCUCUCUAUAGUCAGAGACGCAGUUUGAUUUUUUUAUGAAGACAAUUCUAUUAUAUGUAUAUUUCCUAUGAAUAUGAUGUCACUAUUCGUUUAAUAUCGGAUAGUUCAACUGGAUAUACGUAAUUUCAGUCAAUUUCGGGAUGUGACUAAAGCGAGUGUCAACACUAUCAAACAAGAUAAUGAAAGCUCAUUGAGUCUGAGGUAACAAUGUGAAAACAAUUCAAAAGCUGAGAAAUAGUUAUUUAUCUUUCCUCUAAAUGUUUUGAGAUUCCCUCUUCUUGUCUAUUGAUAAAGAUAUUAGUUUUAUUUCAAAAUAUACUGAAUUUUGAGCGCAGUCAUAUUUCGUAAAAAAUCAUUUGAUUUGUCUUAACUACAAGUAGGUGCCUACCUAUAUUGAAAUAACACUAAUACAUUUAAUCAUAUAGUAGAUCAUGUUAUUUGACCAGUUCCGUAUGUGAUUCUCAUAUUUUCAUGUUCGGACUUCGAGAAACCCAGGAACAUUUGUAGUGAAUAAACAGGAAUGAGAUGUAGUAUGGCUUCUCAUCAAAUAUGUACUUAAAAAACUUAAAAGGAUAUUUAAUGUUUUCCUCGCUUUUUAAAUAUUUCUCAACGUGUGAUACUCUGAACUAUACUUAUAAUGUCAAUAUAUGAAAUGAAUUAAAUAUAUAAGUGCCUAUAGUUGAAUAAAAGCGCCUACAUCCGAAUAUAAAAAAUCUUGAAGUUACUGAGCAUUCUGAAAUCAAUUUAUUUUUCUAAAUUCUAAAUAGAAAUCCUGGAUUAGAGUUGAAUUCUGUUGACGGGAUAUAUUAUGAAAAACUCAAAAUGAAUAUAAAUCAAGCAAUCCAUGCAUAAAUACCUUAUGAACUUUACUGAUUGCAAAAUUCAGUCACAUUAAAAAUAUUCUAGAAUUCCAAUAUAUAUUUUGUGGAAAUUUAUUAGUUUUGCCCUGAAAUUGAAUUCUCUUGCUUUGGUACUUGAUAAUUCAUCAAGAUAUCUCUUAUUUUCCUGCAAACAAAGAAAGAUAAAUGUGUUGCUGUCAUUUAUUUUUUUAUACCGAAUAUUUGAUUUAUCCCACCAAUCACCAUACCAUUAUUUCAUUGUAUGAUUUAGUUUGAUAACUAUAUAUCUAUACAAUGAAUGCAUUAUCCUUAUUAUUGUGACGAAUACAUUUCUAAAGAAGUUGUCGAGACAAAUAUUUGAAUUUCCAAAUAUUAUAA